CAUACGGAUUUAGCGACCAUAGAAACGCCGAUGCUCUCCCUACAUACGACAGGUUGUUCAGUUUCGACAGUCGUGUUUUAUCUAAUUCAGGCACGGCGUGUUAGUUUAUGAUAACUUUCUGCAAAGGAAAUCAUAACAAGGAUUAUUUCACACACCUUUACAUUAAGAUUCAGUGUUUCUAGCAAGCAGAAUGUUGGCAGGGGGUUCUAUGCCAUGAACCAUUCAAAUCAUUCUUGACUAAACAAAGUGACAUUACAAUGGCGGCUUGUGCAUCUAAAACACCAAGCUAUUUACAUUAAAAGGGAGAACGAACAGAUAACAGUGAAUAAUGACGAGUUCCACAUUCCCUCAAAUCACACCGACGGUGAAGCAGGCAAUCGACGGAGGAGAUGCCAUCGCAUUGGAAAGGAUGCUCAAAGCGGGACUUGACCCAAACAUGAUCGAAACGCAAACUGACAAUGGAGUAAAAAGCCAGCACUCGGCGCUCAUCUUGGCUAUCUCUCUAAAUCAGAUCGAGGUCGCUGAUCUACUUAUUAAAGCUGGUGCUGCCGUCGAUACUAUCUUCCUGAAUUAUGACAGUGCCAAUAAGUGUAUGUAUGAGUUGUCUGCUCUAGCGACAACCCGGAUGCUGUAUGAGUUUACGUUAAGUAACACACUGGGAGCAAUGCUUAGCACACUGGAAGAGGGCUUACAGAAAACACAGGGCAGGGAACCACGUAAAGUACCCCCAGUUGAUCUACCAAAGGAUGUUCCUAAUGAGGUUCUGGUAGACUCUGUACGAGAAGGUGAUCUUGACUCAGUCACAAUCCUACUCUCACACGGAAUGGAUGUGAACCUCGUUCAUAUUGAUGGAGAAACGGGGUAUGCCAUGUCAAUCUUGAUCCUAUCCAUCAUCAGAAGACGAUAUUCCGUUGCCGCUUUCUUACUCAACAAGGGUGCCGAAUGUGAAACAGUUUAUCUGAAUUAUGACAAGAGCGAGGAUAACGUGGUUGAUCUAACAGCACUAUCAGCAGCAGAACGCGUCAAAGCAAAAUUUCCAUCCAAAGAAUUAAAUGCCUUCAUUCAUCUCUUAGCUGAGGCACUCGGCAAAGUGACCGGAGAACCCAGAAUAAUGCCAUCAAAUGACAUUCCAAAGGCUAAAUUAGAGGUUCUUCCGCGAUAUCGGAAGAAGGUGCCUCGUAUCUUCAUCGCCAGCGUCAACGAGGAGGAGGUCGAAGAGAUCAAGGCUUGGGACAGCGUCAGCGUCGGCAGCGUCAAUGACAACGGACGUGGACACAUCUACAAGGAGACAGCCGACGACGUCGACGAUGACCAGGAGAACAAUACUGUAUCGAGCAUGAGUACGGAUGAUCAUCAUGAUAGCAGAUUGAUCCAUAAUGGAAAGAAAAAGGAUGAAAUCUCAAACCAACAGUCUUCAACGUGUGUGAUAUUGUGAAUGAAGGCGGCAACAUGACAGAAUUUGUUCCAGCAAGGCAGCAACAACGUAAUUUUCAGUGCGAGUAAAGAUAUGGCAACAAUAGUAUUAGUUGAUCGCGAGGAAACCGAGGAGAACAGAUAAUGAAGAGAAGAACCUAUGAACAAAUGUUAUGCACGUCUUGGAAAUUGUUUAAACAAUCAUCGAUGUGGAUGACUUUAAUUCGAUGAACCAGAUGGCGAGAAGAAAAAGGUUUCGAAAAGAGAAUAUAAUGAACAAUCUAAUCUGUUCCUUGGAAUUUUGUAUAUAAUUUAGAGAAAUUUUGUGACGCAGGAGAUCAUGAAAGAAAAAUCGGUGAUAUUCUUAUAACAUGUAUAUCCAUUUGAUGAAUUUCACUUUCAGGUAUAUCAAAGUUCAGAGGCAUAGCUAAAUCUUUCAUAGCCCUUUGUAUAGAAAUGUUUGGGAACGUAUAAGCCGACAAUUUCUUAUUUUCACCAGUGCAUGGGCGCGCGUUAUUAAACAUAUACUUGCCGUUGUAUAUACACAUUUUGUUGAGAAAAGAUUUCUCCUUUUUUGCUUGCUAAACAGUGUAUGUGUCAUUUGAUCUGAAUGGGCGUCAUAAUGUCGUAUGUUCAUCACUAGAUUAUUAGCGAUUCUCCAUAAUUUGGACUUAAUCUUUGCAUGCUUGAUCUUCUUUCAAAUUAUAAGCUUAUACAAAGAAAAUAUAAGAUACUUCGAUAAUUAAGAAAGCAUUAUAAAUGUUAUGUUGAUCUUGUAUAUUAUUCAUAUGUUUCAUUUUACUUGUUUUGUAAAUAGUCUAUAUGUAUUUUGAAAUGGAAUAAUAAAAUCCCUCUGAAGAGGUAUAGAGAGAA